AUGUUUUGCUACUGCAGGAAUAUGGCAGAUAUGGAACUACGCGCAUUCGAAGCUCGUUUGGAUACGAUGGUGGACCACUUGAGGGAAGAGUCCAAAGAACUCAUCAUCGAACGACCUCGAUUUGCGCAUGCGGUCAUGGUGUUUGCCAGUGGCAGUGAACCUGGAGAACUGCUCACUGUAUGUUUCUGUAUCUACUCAGAACGUUUUGUUUUGUGA